UGGUGGUGUGGAGCGGCCUGUGUUCGGCGCGGCGCGGAGCUUGGCCCAGGCAGGGUUCUGUUUACACGUGGUGGGAAGCCAGGCCGCGUGUGACUGGGAAUUAUUCUGCUACAAGUCCUUCACAAUGGGUCGGCCAGAUUUUUCCCCUCGGGGUGGCGGCGGCUUCCGCGGCGGAAGAGGAGGAGAUAGGGGCGGCGGCAGAGGCAGAGGCGGAGGCGGCCGUGGCUUUGGUGGGGACAGGGGCUUCUCUCCUAGAGGAGGAGGAGGAGGAGGUGGCCGAGGCGGCUUCACGCCCCGUGGCCGAGGGGGGGGUGACCGAGGUGGUGGUUUCCGCGGCCGUGGAGGUGGUGGUGGUGGUUUCCGCGGUCGUGGCGGCGGCGGCAGAGGCGGCUUCAGGGGAGGCAACAAAGUGAUGAUUGAGCCUCACCGUCACGAGGGAGUGUUCAUUGCCCGUGGGAAGGAGGACGUGCUGGUGACAAGGAACAUGGUGGUGGGAGAAAGUGUCUAUGGGGAGAAAAGGAUUAGUGUUGAGGAGGGAGGUGAAAAAAUAGAAUAUCGUGUGUGGAAUCCCUUCCGGUCCAAGUUGGCAGCUGCUAUUGUUGGUGGUGUGGGCAACAUCUACAUGCCUCCCGGCUCCAAGGUGCUGUAUCUUGGAGCUGCAAACGGCACCACUGUGUCCCACGUUUCUGACAUCAUUGGUCCGGAAGGAGUGGUGUACGCAGUUGAGUUCUCUCUCCGGUCCGGCCGUGAUUUGGUGAACAUGGCCAAGAAGCGGACCAAUGUGGUGCCCAUCGUGGAGGACGCCCGCCACCCACACAAGUACCGCAUGGUGUGCAGCAUGGUGGACACCAUCUUUGCCGAUGUGGCUCAGCCAGACCAGGCCCGUAUUGUGGCGCUCAAUGCUCAGCACUUCCUCAAAGUUGGCGGCCAUUACAUCAUCUCCAUCAAGGCAAACUGCAUUGAUUCCACUGCCCCCGCCGAGGCCGUAUUUGCUGGGGAGAUCAAGAAGCUACAGUCUGACCUCCUGAAGCCCCAGGAGCAGCUGACACUGGAGCCGUACGAGAGGGACCACGCGGUGGUGGUGGGGGUGUACCGGCCACCCAAGAAGAACAAGGGAUAGAAAUUUGGUUCCUAUUGGCCACAUAUGAGAUAUCAUUGCAUUUUUGUUUUUAAUUGUGCUAAUAUUUUGUAAUUCUAUGGAAAUAUAUUACUUAGUUUUU